ACAAGAACGAAACGGGAGGCGUCCAUCUCGCGGUCGAGGGGGACAGCCUGCUAGGAUAGAGUCCCGGAGCCGUUCUAGGACAACGCCUCUACUUGUUCCUACGCCUUCAUCUUCGCAACGACUCAAGCCCAGGGAUCCUAUCUGGUCACUACCCGAAGUCUUGCCCUUCAGUUUGAUUGAUUGCGAUACGGCGAGCGAGGGAAUCACUUCUUACGAUCCGACAUCUCCGAAGCAGGGAAAGGUACUCCCAUUCUCUCAGUAUCUCACUAAACUCGUCGACAUCAUCGAGGGAGAGAAGGAAUGGGAGAUACUGUCUUAUGUCCUAUGCCAUCUCCCUACUCAACUUGCCAACAAACACCUCUUUUGCGGCCCAAAAUCACGAGUAGUGCUCGGACGGAUGCUGACAACAUUGUGCUCGGGGAUCUCCAAAGGAUCGCUGGCGACGGCAAUCGAGCAUUGGCCCGAUAAUAUCAUCGCAAAGGACGCUCACGGUCUCGCCUAUCAUUCCCUUACCGUGUUGAUAAGCUACAAGCGGUGCUUCCUAGAAAUACAGUCGCAACAUCACCUUGUCGAGGCUUUCCUGCUCGGAUUGAACGGGCAGCCUUCCACUAUCAAAUGUUGCCUACAUGCGCUCUCCCUGUGCGCCUUUGAACUACAGCCUUCGACGACCAAGUUUCUAUCCAGUAUUCUGGAAAAGCUAUCUCAGAUCAUGUCGAAUCCCGCUAUGGCAGUCCAUAUCAUUGACUUCUUGGCUAUCAUUGGAUCUCAUCGUGGUCUGCAUGCCAACUUCACCGAGAGCGACUAUAAAAUGGUCUUCGCUGUCGCACUACAAUACUUGCAGCACCACAACCACCCUGGCGACUCCGUCAACGUUUCGUGGGCGCUUUCCCAGUACCUCAAGAUCAUGAGCUAUUACAUUGUCUAUCUGUGGUUUUUGGCCGUUGAACUUCCUGAUAGACCUCGACAUAUCAAAUUUAUUGCGCGACAGCUCGAACUCGCCAAUGAAGGAAAAGGAGAGAAGGUCGACGAACCGGCAGAAGUCUGCUUCGAUUGGCUUGCGCGCUAUACCUAUGCGAGCGCUGAUCCGCGGCCUGCGAACUCUAUGCUGAGUGAUAUCGUCAUGAAGUCCGCGUCUCAACAGUCACAGCCUGAACCUGCACUGUGCGAGAAGACUUGGAUCACUGGUAAUGCUGUCAUCACAGUUCGCGCUCUACAGCGUCGUGGCUGGCUGGAGAUCGUGACCCGCAGGGCGUCAGGUCUCACGAAGUUUCUGUGCAGGUCGGAGAACGUACCUAUGGUGCCCCUGGGUGACGUAGACCCAGACCUUGUCUCGGUAGCUGCGUGUCCCACACUAGAUCGAGGGAUGCAGAGUCGGCCCGUGUUAGUCCCUCCCGGUUAUGUCUGGAGUGGCUCGGCGCCAUCACAGCGUCGAAAGGAUGUCUCUAUCGACCCCGCUUACUUCGCCAUACAGCUGUCCUCGUACCCAGAAACUUUGCCAGAGCAUUUGCAGCCCGUCAAAGACACGCAUCGUCUGGCAAGCUUCUGUCGUUCAUUGGACAGGAUGCCUGUCAUCGAUACCCACAAGGUCGGAAUCAUGUACGUUGCCCCUGGACAGUUCGAUGAGAGUGAGAUUCUGCGGAAUAGUCAUGGAUCUCCCGCAUACACACGCUUUCUCGAGGGGCUUGCACGACUCAUCAAUCUUCGCGGUCAGGUUGAUGUGUACGCUGGAGGCCUGGAUCCUGACGAGGAUGGAGAAUACGCGUAUGCGUGGUGGGACGACAUUGGACAAAUCCUCUAUCAUACUGCGACGCUGAUGCCCUCUUCCAUUGACGAACAAUGUACGAACAAGAAACGUCAUAUUGGAAACGAUUUCGUCAGGAUCGUCUGGAACGAUUCAGGCAAGCCUUACAAAUUCGAUACCCUUACAACGCAGUUCCAAUUUGUCAAUAUCAUUAUCGAACCACACUCCCGAGGUUCGAUAGCAGCAUACUCCAACAAUUUGCACGAGAACGAAUACUUUAAAGUCGUCGUUCAGCGUGCGCCAGGGAUGAUAGAUUUUACUCCCAUCGGCGACUUCAAGCUGAUAUCUGCAGAAAACCUGCCUCUUCUCGUAAGGCAACUCAGCCUCCUCACGGAUUGGUUCGUCUCCGUUUUUCAGUACACGGAAAGCGACACCCUACAGGUCGAGAUGCAGACCAAUUGGCGGGCUCGUUUGCGAGCCAUCAAGAAAUUCCGGGACCAAAUUGCUGCCUCCGCGCAAACGAUGGACCGGGAACAAGCGACUUCUCAGGGGCCAGGAGAAGGAGUUCGAGGACAGACAUACAGUGAUUUCACGACACUCUAUCUAUAAGAUUGUACUAUUGAGAAUGCUGCACUUCGUGCAUGUUUUUCGGGCCAUUGCAUACCGUCUCAUAUAUUGUUUUCCAUAUGUGUAGCCAUCCUAGCAUUCCACAAGCAUGUAUACAAUCAUAUUCUCGAGCAAUACAAUAUGGAAAGUAAAGUAUAAA